GUCAGGGGCUUAGCGAAUGGAUCAAUUCAUUGUACCCCCCUUUAGGGCCCAUCCGGCCUUUCUCGGCCUUUUUCCCGCUGCUAUAUUUCAUGCAACAUGUCUCGCGAAGGAAUAAAUGAAUCAAGAAAAGACCAGGAGGAGUUUGCGGAUGGAGGGCCAGAAAGAGAUACAGUUGGAGAUAUCGAGUCAAACUGGAAUGAAGUCUAUGAUAAUUUCGAUGACAUGAACCUGAAGGAAGCUUUACUUCGUGGUAUUUAUGCUUAUGGAUUCGAAAAGCCUUCUGCUAUUCAGCAAAGAGCGAUCGUUCCCUGUUGUAGAGGAAGAGAUGUGAUUGCCCAAGCUCAGUCAGGAACUGGUAAAACAGCAACCUUUGCUGUGUCUAUCCUAGAAAAGAUUGAUCUUGAUCUAAAAGAAUGUCAGGCUUUAGUCCUUGCUCCAACCAGGGAGUUGGCGCAACAGAUUCAAAAGGUAAUCUUAGCUCUGGGAGAUUAUUUGAAUGUCAAAUGUCAUGCCUGUAUUGGUGGUACUAAUGUAAAGGAAGACAUGRUAAAGCUGAGAUCAAAGCAGAACCAAGUUGUUGUUGGUACUCCUGGUAGAGUCUCUGACAUGAUUGAAAGAAAUUGUUUAAUAACUGAUCACAUCAAGAUUUUUGUCCUUGAUGAAUCUGACGAAAUGUUGUCAAGAGGCUUCAAGGAUCAGAUCUACAAGGUUUUUAGGAAACUCCAAAGUGAUGUACAGGUUAUUCUGCUCUCUGCAACAAUGCCUGAGGAAGUCCUUGAGGUAACUAAAAAUUUUAUGAGAGAUGCAGUCCGCAUCUUGGUGAAGAAGGAGGAACUAACCCUCGAGGGUAUCAGGCAGUUUUAUAUUGGUGUUGAAAAGGAGGAGUGGAAAUUAGAAACAUUGUACGAUUUGUAUGACACUUUGACUAUCACCCAAGCUGUGAUAUUCGUUAACACAAGACGAAAAGUGGACUGGCUCACAGAAAAGAUGCUCUCCAAAGACUUCACAGUAUCUUCUGUGCAUGGUGAUAUGCAGCAAAAAGAGCGUGACACCAUCAUGAAGGAAUUCAGAUCUGGAUCAAGUAGAGUCUUGAUUACUACUGAUUUACUGGCACGUGGCAUAGAUGUCCAGCAAGUGUCAUUGGUUAUAAAUUAUGAUUUGCCAGGCAACAGGGAGAACUACAUUCACAGGAUUGGUCGUGGUGGUCGUUUUGGACGUAAAGGUGUUGCUAUCAACUUUGUGACAAAAGAUGAUGUGCGUACAAUGAGAGAUAUUGAGACAUUCUACAAUACAACUGUCGAUGAGAUGCCAAUGAAUGUCGCCGAUUUAAUCUAAUUGGAUGUGACAAGAAAAUUAUUAAAAAUAGAGGUUCCAAAAAAAGGGAGGAAAAAGCUCCAACCGAGAUAACGAAAGAGCCCAUUGAAGAAAAAAAUUGAAAACUUGUAAAAAAAGCCACAGCAGUUGGUUAUGCAAAAUGAAAACCUCAUUUAAUUCAUGUUGCAUGUUGAAAGACAGUAAAUACGAUGAAGUUGAUGGUUGUAUGUUUUAUGAUCUUGCUUUGUUUCUUUUCACAGUCAAUUUUAGAAGCAAAAGAUUAGUCAUUCUCAAUUCUUUUGCGAUAAACAAAUGGAUGAUGGGCUUCCUGUGUUAAGAAAUACUAAGAACUAGUCUCUCUUGUCUACAGGAAGCCCAUAUAAACUAAAUAUUGAGAGUUAUUUUGAGAUUGUCGCCUUGGAAGAUAGCCUCUAAAAUCACGUGAAUUAUAUUUUUCGGCUUUGCUAUGUGUACCUAUGUGUACUGUGUAGAUGACUCCCAUAUUUAGCUAGAAAAACUUUUAGUGUUGUAUAUCAUGAUAAUCAAAAAUAAACACUUCACAAGUUUA